ACGAAGAGGAAGAAGAUCGAUCCAUCGAUAGACCAUCGAUCAUACAUAAGAUGGUGAGAGCUCCUUGCUGCCAGAAGAUAGGCCUCAAUAGGGGGCCAUGGGCAGCUGAAGAAGACCAAAUUUUAGAGAAUCACAUUGGCAGGUUUGGCCACGGUAAUUGGCGCGCUCUACCUAAACAAGCCGGGUUGUUAAGAUGCGGAAAGAGCUGUAGGCUCCGGUGGAUGAACUACCUGCGGCCCGAUAUAAAGCGAGGAAACUUCACUAGGGAAGAAGAGGAGAUCAUCAUCCGAUUGCACGGGGAGCUUGGCAAUAGGUGGUCCGCUAUCGCUAAGAAUCUACCGGGAAGGACGGAUAACGAGAUCAAGAACGUGUGGCACACGAACUUGAAGAGGCGCGUUAUGGAUCCAAAUGUGUCGUUAAAGAGACCAAAGAAGAACAAGCAAAAGAGAGAGAGUUCAAGGGCACUUGAUCGGUCGGACAGUGGUUUCUCUUCGUGUGUCAUUGAUUCGUCAACAAUGACUAUGGAGACUAGCCUUGGCGAUCACAUUGGCAGCAAAUUGGAGGAUGAGUUCAAUGUCUCAGAGUUAGAUUUAUCCAUGGAUUUUACAACACUAGAAACCUCUAAAGACCGAUGGAAUAGCGACUUCUCUUCUCGUGCCGUCUCUGAUUUAUUGACGGUCAGUACAGAGAUUAGCACUUGCGAUUAUGUUUGCGGCAACGAGGGAGAGAUCGAGAGGUUUUGGUCGGACGCAUUGGCCAUGAAUACAACAGUAGAAACCCCUAUUAGUCCAAGUUACUACUUCAACCAAUUCAACAGCGACAAUGAUAUAGACUUUUGGCGAGCAAUCUUAAUGGACACCGAAAGAGAUUGGCAAGAAGUCUCGCAAAACCACUAGCUAUUUUGAUCUGCAAAUGAGAUGUCUAUAUGUUUUGUUUGAUACCAUAUACUACAUUUCGAUCAACUAUUCAAUAUCUCUGAGAAUCCAAGGCCUCAGAGAAUGCGUCCAAGCUUUUGUAAAUUGUUAAACAUCCAAAAAGAAAGAUAGCUAUGAGACAUGAGAAAUAUGUUAUAUUCAAACACGAUACAUGCAUGUUU